AUGGAACAAAUCGUCGACACGCACCGAGAUGAUUUCAAAUGGUUUGGCGAAGGCUUCGACGGCUUUCCCAAGCGCCUCCCGGACGACACGGUCGAGUACAUUAUCUUCAUAAUCGACUCCAAGCUCACAGACUCGCAAGUCCGUGAGAGGCUUAGAAGUGUCGAGACUGCAGCGAAUUUGCUCAUUAAGAAACUCCUGAAAGACUACAUAUGGCAGCGCGAGUCUUUCAAGCUGGAGCUGAAGAGAGAAGAUGGCACGUGGUUAUUGCGUGGCACCACCAAUUAUGGCGAUUCUGUUGCGGAUGAGUGGCUAAUCGUCUACUUGCUUCGCGAAAUCAGCAAGCAAUUUGCCGAUGCCUGGAUACGCGUGUACGAUACAGACGGCGAGUUCCUCCUCAUAGAAGCUGCCAAUACGCUUCCCAAAUGGCUCAACCCGGAAGUUGCAGAGCACAGAGUAUGGUUAAACAACGGCCAACUAAAAAUCAUUCCUCUGGACGGUCCUCCGACUGCCCCAGACAAACGGCCUCUAACACUACUUGAAGCCCGCGACAUCAUCAAAACGUCCCCAUCUAAAGCCACCGACUCUCCUCUCAUCGAGUCCGAAGCAUUCUACCGCCUUCGGAACUACCCUUCCGAAAUCUCUAGCACCCUGCAUCACGCGCUCACCACCAUCCCACGGCGACUGGCCUUCCUGCUGCACAGCAACCCCGCCUACAUCAGCCCCGCUGUCGAGGCCUUCUAUCUCCGUGAUCCGAUUGCGCUCAAGCCGCUGAAACAGGCCGACGAGAAAGGCGGCACCCUGCGAUUCCCGCCUGAGGACCUCGUGACCGUGCGCGUGCGCUUCACGAAAGUCGGUUACGCGCAGCUCAAAUCGCAGGAGUUUGACGCACCCAACAAGGCGUGGGAAGCGGCGCUCGCUCAACACGUAGAAGCGCAAGAACACGACCGGCUGUUGUUGGGCAUGAAGCUGGCGUGCGGCUUCGAGAUGUUGGUCGGUGACCCGCAAAACCGCGAUAAGCCUGCCGUGCGCGAAAUUGAGCUGCUGCUGGAAGACGUUGAGAACGGGGACGACGCCCUGCCGACGGACGCUGAAAUUGCUGCGUGGGACCGGCAAGAGGAUGACGACAGUUGGAUGAACAUCAACUAUGAGGACUUCGAGCGCGAGCUUGCGGGCAAGAAGGGUUUCACCAUGGAGGGCACUCGAGGCACUGAGGAGGGCUUCGGGGAUAAGGACGUGCAGGAGAAUUUGCGGAAGAUGGUUGAGCGGUUCGAGAGCUUCUUGAACGAUGAGACGGCUGGUCCGGAAGGGGCGGAGCUCGACGAUAUGGACGUUGACGAUGAGGAUGAUGAAGACGACGACGAGGACGACAGCGAGGUCAGUAGCGAAGGGGAGGACAAGGCGGCUUCGUUCGAUGAAGAGGAGUUCUCGAAAAUGAUGCGACAGAUGAUGGGUAUGCCCGACGACGUCUACAAAGAAAUUAUGGAGAUGCCCAUCGAUGAACUCAAAAAGCUGAAGGGCGAGCAAGUUGAGGCACGCCUAAAAGAGAAGGAGACGGAGGCGAAAAUGUUCGGGCCUCCAAGACCACCACCAAAGGGUUCCGCAAAGGUGGAAGAGCUGAGUUCUGAUGAUGAGGAUGACGAAGCUUAUGAUCCGAAAGAAGCGGAAGAGUUCCGCAAAAUGAUGGAGGGUAUGGAGGCAGAGCUCAGGGAGGCUGGAGCACUGAACCUUAAUCCGAAGCCUAAGACAGCCGAUGGGCAAAAAGCGAUCAAAGGAAAGGGCAAGGGAAAGGCGGAUGAGGAUGAUGAUGUCGAGGAAAUUGAGAGAAGCGACGACGAAGACGGUGAGGUUCUUGACAUGGACUAUAAUAUGCUGAAGAAUAUGCUGGAGGCUUUCAAGGGCCAGGCGGGUAUGGCAGGACCUGCGGGCAACAUGAUGGGCAUGAUGGGAGUCAACAUGCCGAGGGAUGAGCCAGAAAAGAAGUAA